GAUGAGUACUUCGACAAUUGCUGAAUGGUACGUGAUUCUACAAUUAUGUCCCUUUAGUUUCCUUCACACUUACUUCUCUAUCACCAUUAUCAGCAUUACUAGGUGGAAAAAAUCCUCAGGGCGUGGAUCAGACAUUUUACGGACAGCCGCCGCUCAACGAGAUGGUUCUUUCAACUAUAUCCAAGACCUUUCGGAAGUUGUAAAUGAAUUGAGAGGGUAUCUCGAUGAUAUGUACGUUCUUUUCGACGAACAUUUGCAAGAAAAGCAGAUGGCUUUUCAAAUCCAAGCGGAGAAAGGGGAUGAAGGAGGUGUGGAUAACUUUACAUGCCUUUACAAGACAUGUUUGGACAUGUUGGAUCAAGACUAUAUUAUGAAGGCGGUAUUAAAUGCACCUGAAGGAUCAGCACAUCCACAGCAUUUGAUCGGAUUUUCAAGCGUAUGGGCAUGUGAGCCGUAUGUUGACAACGAGCAGAUUGAUGCCUUGUUGCAACAAGCAGCAUGAUCUUCUUAAGACGAGAAAGACAAAAAUACUUAUUGCGUUAGCACGCGACAAGGAACACACGGACAGCCGGUUUGCUAUAUAAGAACUUCUUCGCAAUGGGCAAACAAUGUCAUGUCAUUGCAUAUUACGUUAUCCGGCUUGGACACCACUUUACGGGGCGAAUUAGA